GGAGGAGGCAUACGCGGUCUUUCAAGUCUUUACAUACUCCAAAAUCUGAUGGAUAAAAUCAGUCGUCUCGAGGGAAGAGAUGGUAUUAAACCUUACGAAUACUUCGACCUGAUAGUUGGCACAUCAACAGGAGGGCUGAUUGCUGUUAUGCUGGGCAUGCUUCACAUGGAUAUCCCUGCGUGUAUAAGCCAGUAUACAGAAAUGGCUCUAAAGAUCUUUCCACGAGACAAGUUCGCUUCAGGUCUCCGUUUCACAAGAGAACGCCACAUGUUUGACCCAGAGCCAUUUGCCAAAGUCGUCAAACAACUGGUUAGGUUGUAUCUAAACAAAGGGAGCGGCGUUAUAAUUAAAUAUGACAAAGAACAUGUGUCUAAAGUGUAA